AUGGACUCAUCACCAGCCGGUAUCGCGAAGUUCCUGCUUCCGAAAACGCCGUUGCUACUGAAGACAGCACUAUGGCACUCUCUAUCCAUGUCGUCUACGGCGUCUAAAUGGGAUCUCAAGACGGAAAUCACUGUCAACCUCCUUCGCGAUAUGAUGGGGUCCAAGUCUUCGCCCACGCCAGUCGCAAAGAUCCAGCGCAUGACGUGCAAAGACCCUGGUGUCAAAGGAAAAAUUUGGGUUAGCAAAGUCAAACUAGAUGUACCAGGGGAAGAUGACGUGCGGCAAAUGAUGUUCAAGGCCAUCGAAGACAUGGGCACGGGAGAAGAGCAGUGGAUGAAACCUGAGCAACGGCCACUGGAGGCGGAAUGGAACGGGUACCAUGCAGAUGUAAAGGACGAUGAGCCUGAGCCUGCAGGUAUGAACGAGGAAGACAAGUACAAGAACCUCAUGAAGGAGACAAAGAGCAAGGUUACUGUACUCUACUUCCACGGCGGCGCAAUGUAUCUCAUGGACCCAGCAACAUGCCGACCGUUGACUGGCAGAGUAUCAAAGGAAACAGGAGGUCGUGUGUUCAACGUACGCUACCGGCUCUCGCCUCAGGGCCCUUUUCCCUCUGCACUACUCGAUUGCUUCACCGCAUACCUCAGUCUGCUCUCCCCGCCCCCAGGCGCAGUCCACGACCCUGUCCCAGCAAACGAAAUCGUCUUUGGCGGCGACUCUGCCGGAGGAACAUGCUGCACCGCACUCCUCCAAUUGCUCCUACAGAUCCACCGCAGCGCCCCUGCAGGCCAAACACCAACCGUCCGCUUCCACGGCAAAGACGUAGAAAUCCCCUUACCCGCCGGCGUAGCCAUGGCAUCUCCCUGGCUCGACAUUACGCGCUCCCUCCCAUCCAUAGAAUCGGGCACCAAAUACGAUUACCUACCCCCACCCAGCCAAGUCGACAAGCGCGAGAUACCUAAAGAUGACGCCUGGCCUGCGAACCCGCCCCGCGCGGAUUUCUACUGCGAAGGCAGUGCAUUGAUGCAUCCGCUUGUUUCGCCUCUCGCUGCGAAAGACUGGUCAAACAGUCCACCUCUUUUCUUCUCUGUCGGUGAGGAGAUGCUACGUGAUGAGGAUGCUGUGCUGGCUCAACGGGUAGUCGCACAGGGUAUUACGGUUGUCUGGCGCGAUUUUGAAGCCAUGCCUCAUUGUUUCGCCAUGUUGCUCGAUGGUUUGCCAGGGGGUGACGUACAUUACGAGGAGUAUGCAAAGUUCUGCAAGGAUGUUGUCGAAGGGAAGGGGUUGGUUAGUAAUGGCGUGUAUAUCAAGGCGAAGACGCUGGAGAGGAGCGAUAUGGAUGUUAAAGCGGGGCUGACCCAGAUUAAGGAUGAGGAGGUGGAUGCGUAUAUGAAAAAGGGCAAGGAGAGGAUUGAGACCAAGUUCAACAAGGGCUUGGAGCCUAGUUCUGAGAGGCCGAUGUUGUAA